AAACGCGCCCACGCAUGAAUCUGCCCAAAUAUUAUCACGCGGAGCAUCUCAUUCUUCAAUUACGUCUUAUUCUCAAUAUCUCCAUCUCAUCUUCACAACAUACGCCCACACCAUCACCCCUCUUAACUCCCCCUCAAUCCCAACCAGCCUUCCGCAACCACAAGAAUGACCCUCACCGAACUCGCCCUCCUCCGCCUCCUCCCCCCAACCACCUCCACCACCCCAUCCCUCCUCUCCGCCCUCUCCCACGCCAAAACGGUCAUGGAAUCCUACACCCACCACCACUUCCACAUGCUCCAGCAAGUCGAAGACCCAGCCUUGAUCUACAUCCUCGGCGAGUGGGACAGCCUAGCCCAGCAUAUGGACGGCUUCAUCCCUAGCGCCGAGAACCAGGAGUUGCUGAAAUCCCUAGACGGGAUGGUCGAGGUUGUGUCGCUGGUGCAUUAUGAUGUCCCGCUUACCCAGCUGCCGAUUCCCGGGGCUGGAAAGGGGGGAAAGGGGUUGGUUAGUAUAGCGCGGCAUUUCAUCAAGCCUGGGCAGAAGGAGACGUUUGAAGAGACGUUUGAGGCGAAUAAGGGGUUGUUGCAGGAGUACGUGGCGCCGGAGGUUUGUGGGUGGGGAUGGCGGGUUGAUCGGGAGAAGGAGGCAGAUGGCCAAGGGGAGAAAGAGGAGUUUGUGCUGUUUUCCCCGUGGGAGAGUGUGGAUGCGCAUCUAAGGUUUGGGAAGACGGAGGCGUUUAAGCGGUAUGCGGGGAUUAGGGAGUGGAUUGAUGGGGCGGAUAUUAAGCAUGCGAGGGUGUUGGAGUUGGGGGGUUGAGGAGGUUUGAGAAGGGAGAGAUCGGGUGGGACGGUUUUGAGCAGUGCUGAG